AAUGUCGCAUCAUAAUUCACAAUUCUUCAGUCAAAGGUCAAGCGUUGACUAAUUCAUUAAAAUUUUACUUUAUAUAAUCAGCUUCAACUUUCCGUAGCUUUAAAUAAAUUUGUAAAUAAUUACCCAUUUUCCCGUAUAAGAACCGCCAUAAUCUGUUCCAAAGCUUCUGUAUUCAGAGAGGAUGGCGAUCGAAUUAAUUCAGGUGAUCGCCGACGAAAUAAUCUCGCCGUCUUCUCCAACUCCGCCGUCGCGCAGAAACCUCAAGUUUUCGCUGCUCGACCAGAUUUCGCCGUCCAAUUAUACUCCGAUCAUCUUCUUCUAUGCCGCCGUUGAAAAUCCCGGGGCCGAUCGGUUUUCUGGAAGUCGUCAGUUGAAGAAGUCUUUAUCGGAGAUUUUGACUCUCUUCUAUCCUUUCGCCGGAACUUUGUCAAGUGCUGGAUAUUCCGUUGAUUGCAACGACAGAGGCGUUGAGUAUUCUGAAGCACGAGUCGGUUGCGAGUUAUCGGAAGUGGUGGAAAAUCCUGAUUUCAAAGUCCUUCAUCGGUUGCUGCCGUUUGAGCCUUACGCCAAUUCGGUCGAACCGGAGAUCGGAAGAGAUGUAAUUCUCGCCGUCCGAUUGAAUUUGUUUGACUGCGGCGGAGUGGCGAUUGCUCUGUGUAUCACUCAUAAGCUCGUCGACGGAUUCUCCGCCACCGUAUUUGUCAGAGAGUGGGCAGCCAUCAAUCGAGGAGAUAGCGAUCAGGUUUCGGAACCCUUAUUUGACAGUGCAAAGUACUUUCCGCCGAAGGAAAUUCCAGGAUUGAAGAGAAGCAAAGUUGUUCAAAACGACAAGAUCGUGACGAAAAGAUUCGUGUUCGACAAAGCAAACAUAGCCGCACUCCGGCACGAGGCCGCCGCUGGAUCUCUGGAGAAGCCGCCAACGAGAGUGGAAGCCGUUUCAGCAUUCUUAUGGAAGCGAUUCAUGGAGAUAAAUCCACAUUCAGAACAAGAAAAAGUCUUCGCCGCAGUCCACGCCGUGAACAUACGCGGCAAGAUGGAUCCGCCAUUACCGCCGAACUCCUCCGGCAACCUCUGGUGGUUCGCCAUCGCCGUCGCAGAGACUGAAAUCGAAAAGCGACAUCAAUACUUAGUGAACCAGAUAAGAAACGCAAUAGAAGAGAUCGACAGCGAUCUCGUGAGGAAGUUACAGCAUGCCGGCGUGCCGUCGCAUAUGUGGAGCAAGAUGGGGAAACACGGGCACGCGGCGGGCGGAGAGGUGGAGUUCUGCAACUUCACGAGCUGGUGUAGGUUUCCGGUAUAUGAAGCGGACUUUGGGUGGGGGAAGCCGUCGUGGGUUUGCAGUCCGAGCCGGCCGUAUAAGAAUGUGGUGGUUCUGAUGACAACCAGAGACGGCGACGGGAUUGAGGCUUGGGUAACGCUCAAGGAAGAAGAUAUGGAGUUAUUCCAACGAGAUUCUGAGUUGCUUUCCUUUACAUUUUGAAAGUAUUAAUAUUAAAACUUUUUACAA